GACGCUGACAUGAAGGGAGGACCGACUGCUGGGAGACGGAGCUGUGAAAAAACAUCUGGAUCAUCACAGCUGUCUGAAGCAGGAUUCAGCCGACCCGGAUGGUUGACCAUACUGCCUGAUUUCAGCCACGAUGUCGUCAAAGGACCUUUUGGACACUCUGGAGGAUUUGACAGACGAUGAACUGAAGAAGUUCAAAUGGUACCUGAAGUACCCUGACGUCCUGGAUGGAUACCAAACCAUCAAAGUGUCCAAGCUGGAGAAGGCAGACAGACGGGACAUCGUGGAUCUGAUGGUGAACACCUAUGAACUUCAUGGAGCUCUGAAGGUGACCAAGAAGGUUUUAGAGAAGAUCAACAGGAACGAUCUGGUCCAGAGUCUGUCAGAGACGAGCUCAGGACCAGAAGGGUCAGAGGACAGAGGACCUUCCUCCUCUCAGAGUGAAGAUGGGAUUGUUCAAGUACCAAAACCACAACACAUCUCAUAUUAUCAACAGCUGCUUCAAUUAAACCUCAAGGAUAAGUUUGAGUGUGUACAACAGGGGUGGUUACAGAAGAAAGAUGAGGAACGUCUGGUUGAUAUCUACACAGAGCUGUACAUCACAGCAACAUCAACACACAGCCACAUCAACACACAGCAUGAGGUCAUGCAGAUUGAGGUGGUGGUGAAGCCAGGAGAUACAGAGAAAUCAAUUAAACCCAGUGAGAUGUUCAAACCUCCCUCUGGAAAAGAAAGACCCAUAAGAACAGUGCUGACCACUGGAAUCGCAGGAAUUGGAAAAACUGUUCUUGUGAACAAAGUUAUGUUGGACUGGGCUGAAGGAAGAGCCAAUCAGGAUGUGCAUCUCAUAUUCCCCUUCACCUUUCGCCAGCUGAACUUAAAGAAGGAAAAAAAGUUUUCUUUGACAGAGGUCAUUCAUGAAUGUAUCACUGAGGCCAGAGUCAUCCCAGAAGAAGCUCUUAACUACAUCUUUACAACUCUGCAGUCAUCAGGAAUCACCAACUAUGACAGAAGUGAAUUCAAAGUUCUGUUUGUUUUGGAUGGACUGGAUGAGAGCCGACUUCAACUGGACUGCUCUACCAAUAAAAACCAGGCAGUUAAAUUUGAUGUUACAGCGUCGACCUCAGUGGAUGAGCUGCUGACAAACCUCAUCAAGAGAAAACUGCUUCCUUCUGCUCGCCUCUGGAUAACCACACGACCUGCAGCAGCCAAUCAGAUCCAUUCUGAUUUUGUCAACAUCAUGACAGAGGUCAGAGGGUUCACUGACCCUCAGAAGGACGAGUACUUCAAGAAGAGAUUCAGAGAUGAGGAGCAGGCCAGCAGAAUCAUCCCCCACAUCAAGACAUCACGAAGCCUCCACAUCAUGUGCCACAUCCCAGUCUUCUGCUGGAUCACUGCUACAGUUCUGGAGGAUCUGUUGAAGACCAGAGAGGGAGGAGAGCUGCCCAAGACCCUGACUGAGAUGUACACAGAAUUCCUGGUGUUUCAGAUGGAUCGGACAAAAGACAGGAAUGACCAAAAACAGUGCAUCCAGUACAUCAAGUCAUUAUCAAAACUGGCUUUCCAGCAGCUGGAAAAGGGCAACCUGAUCUUCUACGAGGAAGAUCUAAAAGAGAGUGGCAUUGAUGUCAGAGGAGCCUCAGUGUGUUCAGGAGUGUUCACAGAGAUCUUUAAAGAAGAACGUGGGAAGAAGAAAGAAGAUGACAAGAUGUUUAGCUUCAUCCAUCUGAGUGUUCAGGAGUUUUUGGCAGCUUUACAUGUAGAGAGGAAACUCAUUAACACAAACAAGAAUGUGAUGUCUGAACUAGGGCAAACGUUUGAACGUGUGCGAAUGUUUUUCACCAAAACAUCUGUGACGGAGGUCCACAGGUUUGCUAUUGACAAGGCCUUACAGAGUCCAAAUGGACACCUGGACUUGUUCCUCCGCUUCCUCCUGGGUCUUUCACUGGAGACCAAUCAGACCAAUCUCCCUGAAGGUCUACUGAACAAGAAAAGAAGCUCACAGACCAAUCAGGAAACAGUCAAGUACAUCAAGAAGAAGAUCAGUGAGAAUCUGUCUCCAGAGAGAAUCAUCAAUCUGUUCCACUGUCUGAAUGAACUGAAUGAUCUUUCUCUAGUGGAGGAGAUCCAACAGUACCUGAGUUCAGGAAGUCUCUCCACAGAUGAACUGACUCCUGCUCAGUGGUCAGCUCUGGUCUUCAUCUUACUGUCAUCAGACAAAGAUCUGGACGUGUUUGACCUGAAGAAAUACUCUGCUUCAGAGGAGGUUCUUCUGAGGAUGCUGCCAGUGGUCAAAGCCUCCAACAAAGCUCUGCUGAGUGGCUGUAAUCUGUCAGAGAGAAGCUGUGAAGCUCUGUCCUCAGUUCUCAGCUCCCAGUCCUCACGUCUGACAGAGCUGGACCUGAGUAACAACGACCUGAAGGAUUCAGGAGUGAAGCUGCUCUCUGCUGGACUGGAGAGUCCACACUGUACACUGGAGACUCUCAGGUUAAAUCAAACCAGGCUCACAGAGAAAUGCUGUCAGGAGUUCUCAUCAGUUCUCAGCUCCCAGUCCUCACGUCUGAGAGAUCUGGACCUGAGUAACAACGACCUGCAGGAUUCAGGAGUGAAGCUGCUCUCUGCUGGACUGGAGAGUCCACGCUGUACACUGGAGACCCUCAGGUUAAAUCAAACCAGGCUCACAGAGAAAUGCUGUCAGGAGUUCUCAUCAGUUCUCAGCUCCCAGUCCUCACGUCUGACAGAGCUGGACCUGAGUAACAACGACCUGCAGGAUUCAGGAGGGAAGCUGCUCUCUGCUGGACUGGAGAGUCCACACUGUACACUGGAGACUCUCAGGUUAAAUCAAACCAGGCUCACAGAGAAAUGCUGUCAGGAGUUCUCAUCAGUUCUCAGCUCCCAGUCCUCACGUCUGACAGAGCUGGACCUGAGUAACAACGACCUGAAGGAUUCAGGAGUGAAGCUGCUCUCUGCUGGACUGGAGAGUCCACACUGUGCACUGGAGACUCUCAGGCUGUCAGGCUGUCUGGUAGCAGAGGAAGGUUGUACUUCUCUGGCCUCAGCUCUGAGAUCCAACCCCUCCCAUCUGAGAGAGCUGGACCUGAGCUACAAUCAUCCAGGAGAGUCAGGAGUGAAGCUGCUGUCUGCUGGACUGAAGAAUCCACGCUGGAGACUGGACACUCUCAGGGUGGAUCAUGGUGGAGAGCAGAGGCUGAAACCUGGUGUGAGGAAGUAUGCCUGUGAACUCACAGUGGACACAAACACAGUGCACACAAAUCUCAAAUUGUCGGACAACAACAGGAAGGUGACAUAUGUGAGAGAAAAGCAGCCGUAUCCUGAUCAUCCAGAGAGGUUUGAUGACUGGUUUCAGCUGCUGUGUGGAGAUGGUCUGACUGGUCGCUGUUACUGGGAGGUCGAGUGGAGAGGACAUGUUGAUGUAUCAGUGAGUUACAGAGGAAUCAACAGGAAAGGAGACUGUUAUGACUGUGUGUUUGGAUGGAAUGAUCAGUCCUGGAGUCUGCAGUGUUCUGAUGGUGGUCGUUACUCUGUCUAUCACAAUAACAGAAAAACAUUACUCUCCUCCUCCUCCUCCUCCUCCUCCUCCUUCUUCUCCUCCUCCUCCUCCUCGUCCUCGGUCUCUGACAGAGUAGCAGUGUAUGUGGACUGUCCUGCUGGCUCUCUGUCCUUCUACAGAGUCUGCUCUGACACACUGAUCCACCUCCACACCUUCAACACCACAUUCACUGAACCUCUUUAUCCUGGGUUCAGGGUCUGGCCAUCUGUUUCCUCAGUGUCUCUGUGUCCUCUGUGAGAUGAAGAGUGUCCUCCAUUUGUUCAAGAGUCAAAGUACAAAAACUACAUCUGUACAGUCGUUGUAUGUUGCUGCAUUCAGACAAAUUCAGUCAGCUCAACAGGAAAUGCCUUGUAACUGAUUCUCAGUUCAACUGAGUUCAAACUUUGUUCUUAUUCCAGUUAUUAUUUUGUCCCAACUCUGUGAUAAACGCUUACAUCAUUUAAACACUGAAGCUGAAACUGUACUGAGAAUGAA